ACACUCGGGAGUUGCACCUUUCUGCAGAGAGGACUGGCUGGCUCUCGGAGAUCUUAGGAUCUGCAGCGAUCGGAUACUGGAGGCUUGCACGCCACUCGCUCCCGACCCUGGGACACACUCGCCCGAACCGCAGGAGUGUGCAGGUGACUGGCCUAUCAUCGUCGACUCUCCAUGAGCUCAUGAACCUGGGAGCAGGUGUCCGGCGAUGGCGCGGCCUCUGAGCGACAGGACCCCGGGCCCCCUGCUGUUGGGAGGCCCGGCCGGAGCCCCCCCUUGCGGGGGAGCGUUGCUUGGGCUGCGGAGCCUUCUGCAGGGGACCAGCAAGCCCAAAGAGCCGGCCAGCUGUCUCCUGAAGGAAAAGGAGCGGAAGGCGACUCUGCCCUCAGCUCCCGUUCCGGCACCGGGCCUGGAAACGGCUGGCCCAGCCGAUGCCCCGACUGGGGCGGUUGGUGGCGGUGGGUCCCCGCGGGGGCGCUCAGGGCCGGCGGCUGGCCCGAGUCUUUUUGCGCCGCUGCUGUGGGAACGCACUUUGCCUUUCGGCGACGUGGAGUACGUGGACCUGGACGCCUUCCUGCUGGAGCACGGGCUCCCGCCGAGCCCGCCGCCCCCCGGGGCCCUGUCGCCGGUACCCUCUCCGGCACGCACGCCCGCGCCCUCCCCGGGGCCCGGCUCUUGCGGCUCCUCUUCCCCCCGCUCGUCGCCGGGGCACGCCCCCGCGCGGGCUACGCUGGGAGCCGCCGGCGGCCACCGCGCAGGCUUGACCUCCAGGGACACACCCAGUCCUGUGGACCCAGACUCCGUGGAGGUGCUAAUGACCUUUGAACCUGAUCCAGCUGACCUUGCCCUGUCAAGCAUUCCAGGCCAUGAGACUUUUGACCCUCGGAGACACCGCUUCUCAGAGGAGGAACUGAAGCCUCAGCCAAUCAUGAAGAAGGCAAGGAAAGUCCAGGUGCCUGAGGAACAGAAGGAUGAGAAGUAUUGGAGCCGAAGGUACAAGAACAAUGAGGCAGCCAAGAGAUCUCGAGAUGCACGAAGACUCAAAGAGAAUCAGAUAUCGGUGCGGGCAGCUUUCCUGGAGAAGGAGAAUGCCCUAUUGCGGCAGGAGGUGGUGGCUGUGCGGCAGGAGCUGUCCCAUUACCGCGCUGUCCUUUCACGCUACCAGGCCCAGCAUGGGACACUGUGAGGCUCCUUCCACCCUGCCUGGGCAGUGCCCUAUUCCUUACUUAGACUUGCACCUGACACUCUUCCUCCCUCCUUGUUCCGUGGCCGAUGGUCUGGCCAGCUAGGUGACCCCAGGGACGUCAUGAUACAGACAAAUACAUUUAUAUUUUUAAGAAAAAGCUAGCCUUCUCCCACCUCCCUCGUGGGGGUGGGGAGGGUCCUGUGUGUGCUCUUAGCACUUCGGGGAGCCUGUCUACCCAACCGCCUCCGUCAACACAAACCUGAAUAAAUCUUGAGAACCCAG